CACCUGUCCACCGGAUAAGGUCCGCCCGGGCUCCCAUCCCCUCUCGCCUCCCGUCCCCUCCGUCGAACCAAAGCUCGCGAGCCGCAAAGCCGCGGCGACAACCACUUGUUUAAGCCGCGACCUGCGUCCCAGCAUCAGUCAGUGCAUCAGCAUUCAUCGCCCCCUGCCUCCCCUUCCAUUCGCCCUCCUCCCACUCCACCAGCUCCUGCCUGCCUAUAAACCCAGGGCCGCCCUUUGACUCUCCUUCCCUGUCCAGUGGCGGGGCCGCUUCCCUUGCGUUCGCGGAGAGUCUGUCUGUCUGUCUAGCUAGCUAGCUAGCUGCCGAGAGCGUGAGGAGGAAGGGGGAUCCAUGGCGGCGGAGAACGAGGAGAAGGAGACGGCCUGCGCGGGGUACAAGCACGGGCCGCCAUGGGUGUUCAAAGGCAGCGCAUUGUACCAGCUGCAUUUGGUGAAGGCGUCGACGGCGCGGGCCUUCGUGCCGCGGGACCUCCGCCUGGUUGAGGCCUUCGGCUACACGCUCGGCGGCAUGUUCCUGGCGCGCUACCACGACAGCCCUGCCGGCGAAUUCGACGAGCUCGUGGUGAUCGCCGGCAUUGUGUGGAACCCGCCGACCUCCUGCGCGUGGGCUGCCAGGGUGCUGGUGAACAGCGUCGAAGCCUGCCGGCACGGCCGCAAGGAGGUAGGACUGCCAAGCCAUGUCGCCACAUUCUCGUCAAAGAACGAGGCUGCUUCGCUUGGGGAUAGACCGUUGGCUAGACCAAACAGCUUCCUCAACAUGCUGGGGAUCGGGUCGACAGCCUUCGAGCAAGGGAAUGGCCGCGAGAUUGAGGUUUCAGAGUCCAAGGGCGGCUCGUCUACUCGGCAUCUGUGCAACAUCAGCCUGCCAUUUACCGGAUCACAUAAGGACCACCAGUGGGCGGGCCCAGCAAUCAGAAUGUCACUCCCGAGUUUCAGCGGACGUACAGUGGACCAUCCUGAUCUUCUCAAGUACUCCUGUCAAGUAGAAUGCAGGGUGCGCCCUGUGAAGCCUGCUAGGAUCUGGAGUGCAAGAACCACAGAGCCCCAGCAGGAAAAAUCCGACGGCGAGGUCAGCAGCUCCGGGUCCAGCGUGGCAGCCGACUUGGACGCCCGAAGCCACAGCAUCUCGGUCCUGUUGUCCAGGCCCAUCUUCGCGCUCGAGUUCAGCUCCCUGAGGAUGCACGUCGACGCUCCCAGGACCGUUGUUCCGCACCGCGACGACAAGAAAGUCGGGUACUCGUCCAGCACUUAAAACGUGAUGAAGGAAGGAGCUGUGCCUGUGCAGUUUCUGGUUGGAAGCACAAGAACCCCCGGGAGUUUUGGCCGCGUUUGACCCGGUUGCUUGCGUGAAUUCGUGCAGUUUCUGGUUGCUUUUUACUGCGCAUCAUAUUCGUUUCUUGGUUAUUUUUUUCUUCUCUCCCUUGGCGGUAUUCUUUUUCUUGUUUGUGAGGAAAUAUGUCGGGUAUGCAUAGCAUAGCAGAGCACUUGUUUGGUUCAAGAUUGCAAGUAGUUUGGUUCCUGUUGCAACA